CACGGGGCUGGAGGGAUCGCAGCCGGCUGAGCGGCGCCCCUGGGGAGCGGGGUAAUGGCGGCGGCGGCGGCGGCAGUAGCAGGGGGAGGCUUUGGCGGCAGCAAGAAAGUGGUGGAAAUCUUCUACGACGUGGUGUCUCCGUAUUCCUGGCUCGGGUUCGAGGUGCUUUGCCGGUACCGGCACAACUGGAGCAUUGAGUUGCGUUUUCGUCCUGCUUUCCUUGGAGGCAUAAUGAAGGAGACUGGUAACCAGCCCCCAGCGAUGGUGCCCAAACGUGGGGAAUACAUGAAGAAGGAUAUAGAGAGGAUGGCAAAAUAUUACCAGGUCCCACUGCAGCUCCCCAAGGAUUUCUUUGGAAGUGUUAUCAGAAAAGGUAAGUAGAGGAGGCUGCUUGGUCAGUGAGUUGACCUUUCACCUUAAGGAGCUCUGGGUCCAAAUCUUACAUGACAUUGAAGGGGGGAAAAUGAGAUUAAAUGUUCUCUUCUUCUUCCCCCAUUUGUGAUUUGUAUGAAGUCAGUGCAUAGCUUCGCAUGAGUGGAAAUUCCUACUCGGGAAAGGGCUGAGAGUGGGAUAGCAUAAGAGUUUCUGCAGAUUGUGACUAAGGUGCUUUGGCAGAGCUGGGAGGGGGAACAGCUCAGGGUAGGAGGCAAGCCCACAAGCUCUGACACGGUAAUAUUUUUUUUCAUCACUGAAUUACAUGAGGCACAGAUCUGUGUUUAAAAAUAGCAAAUAGUUUUGCAAAUAAAAGCAGUAAGUUCAGAUCAGUCCUAUUCACAGGGUCAUGUUACUUGUGACUGUUCAGAUGACUGCCAGAAAUUCAUGACAAUAUUCACAAAUGCUGAAAAUCUAAAAUAUUAGCACAAAAAUUAUUUGGUCAAAAAUUCAUACAGGAAAGUGUGUUCUUUGUUAUUUACAGGGUGGAUUUGAUUUAAAUCACUAGUCAGGAAGGCUCGAUUAUAUAGAAAUCAAGAUUAAAAAGUGCAUUCUUGUUGGUUGUUAUAACCUAAAUACAUAUUCUUCGCAACUCAGAUAGAUGUAGGUUUCAUUUUUAGAAGGUACACACUAUACAUUUUUUAAGUGAUUUAUUUUGAAAACUUUUCAGAUUAGUUUUACAGCUAUAUCAGAAAAUGAAUGAUUGUUUGGUUAUUUCAUUUACCAAAGAUAAUUGAAGCACUUCACCUCCCAAUGACUUCAUAAAUAUCUCCAAUUUAAUGGUUAAUCAUUAAUAUUUGGAGGAUUUUCUUGCCAUACUGUAUUAGGAGAACAGGUUUUCUCCUAAUCACCAGACAGGCAU